AAAAAUACCUUUUGAUAAGGGAGAUUACUCUCAUUACUUUCAUGAUUCUGUCGAUUCAGAUAACAUAACCUAUUUUGGAAGUUCUUUAAUUUGUUUGUAAAAACUGCUGAGCACUGCUGAAGGAUUAAAAGAACGGAGGAAUGACAUCAAAAGUGAAGUGGACAGCUGUUGUUAUCACAUGUCCAAGAAAGGAAUGGUCACUUAUUUUGCAGAGAGAGUUAGAGUUUAGACAGACGAAGGGUUACAUUGACAAGGAUGUGUUCUUAUUGGCUGUUGAGGACCCAAAACAAGAUGUCGGCAGCGGAGGGGCCACAAUCAAUGCCCUGCUGACUGUGGCAGAGUACAUCAGUGCCCAGAGGGGAUUCACUGUUUUGACCACAGAUAUUUUGAAAGAUGCUUGCAUUCUUAUCUUACACAAUGGGCGGGGCUAUGCCUAUGACAGCUGUGGCCGACCAUUCACCAGUUUACCAGUGAAGAUGUGUGGGUUGGACCAUGAAGGGAUUGUCAGCAUGGUGGAUCUUACAGUCAAGCUGAUUACUGAAACGAUUGGGGUUCACUCAGGAGCUGGUGUUUGGGUCAGCAGUCUUGAUAUGAUCCUGUCCCUGCCUUACAAUGAGGCUGUGCCUUGGGAAAAAUGCGAUGUUUGUGCCAUAACUGUUCCAUCAUCUCCGACAUACUGUCGUCAACAUGGUGUCUACAAGCUGGAUAGUCAGGGCUUUGUAGAAGACAUUCUGUUCCAAGAGACAUUAGAAAACAUGGAGAAAUGUGAGCGGAAAGACGGCACAGUUGCCAUGGUUUGUGGGAUGGUAUAUUUCUCCCCCCAAGUAUCUGAGACUCUGCUGUCCUUCUUUACAAAACCUCCGCUAGACGCCUGCACUUACUUUGGUCUGGACAGCGGUGAACCAACCAUAAAACUGUCUCUAUUCUUCGAUGUGAUGUUGCCAAUGUGUUCAGGGGUGAAUGCGCGAGAGUUCCGGUCUGGUGCACGCAGUGGGAGUUAUGGGAAGGAUGUUGCUGUGAGUGACAUAAAAACGAUGCGGGCAGCUAGAACCAUUUUGUGGGAGGAUCUACACAAGUUCAAAAUCAAGGCCUGUAUGCUUGAAGAGGGCACUUGUGUAUUCCCUCGCACAAUACAGGAACACAAACGGAACAUUCUGGAGCGAAGCAUGGAGACAUGUUUUCCCGAGGGUCAGUUGAUAUGGAACAACAUCACUCAUUCGCACAUCAAGAAUCAAGCCAAUGUAGAUCCAUCGUCAGUGAUAAUCAACAGCCUUCUGCAUGAAAACGUGUCCGUGGGAACAAAAUGCGUCAUCUCACACUCACACAUUCAAGGGGACGUCAUUGUGGCGAAGGAUUCUGUCAUAACUGGGCUAGUUACAGGACCUGAGUUUUCAAGCAGAGUGGAGUUUGGGGAAGCAAUGAUUAUCCAGUGCUUCAACAUUUACCUGCCGUUCCUUGGGCGAUCCAUGUACGUUAUGACCACUCAUGGCAGAUUUGACAACAUUCAGAGCCCAAUGUGGAAGAGCACUAGCAGCUUCUGUAACGACCCCUGGAUGUUUAUGAUGAACCGGACAGGCAUUAUCAAGGAAGAUCUUUGGGGUCAGGACUGUGAGACAGAUGAUCAAACGAUCGAGACGGCAUUGUUGUUUCCCGUCUUCCAUGCAAUAGAGAGGGUUGGGCUUACGGAGAUACUCUGGCUCCAAGGAGUCAUACAGGACAGCGAUGAUAAACACAUACUCCGCAGGUGGAAAAGUUCCUGGCGUCUUAGCUUACGAGACAUACAGAAACUGAUUGAUUUUGAAAAGGAAUUUAAUGCAAGAAGGGAGCUGUUUUACACUGUCGGAGAGUUUGACCUCAAGAGGGCGCUACUUAACCAGGAAAAUAAAGGCUUUCGAGCCUUCUAUAACAGUGCGGUAGUAGAGGGCUACACCCAACAUGUGCUAGGUGUGCUUGAUGAAGUCUGUGAGAUGAGCCUCGAUGAGCUGCAAGCAGGAACCGCAGCCCGGACAUUGGCCAACAUUGCGGAUGUUCUCGGUUGUAUGGCUGGGCCAAAAGGUGGUCUGCGUAGUGGACCCGCAGCUAAUAAGGACUGGGCAGUGGCCUUUGAUCUGCUAGAGAAACACAAUAUCCACCAUGGUAUUGAUCAGCUAAAACAUGAGAGAGGUCAAUGGUUGGACCGGCCGGACAAGUUGAUCAGAGCCGCACGCCACUAUGAGGGGGCCGCGCAGAUACUAAUAAGACAUGCUGUCAUGACAGCUAAACAGCAUGUGACACUGACUGAUGCCCAACCCACUGGGUUGGGCCAUUGGGUGCUUGCUGAGUGCCCAGCCCGUAUUGACAUUUCUGGGGGUUGGUCAGAUACUCCACCAAUCACGUACGAACAUGGCGGAGCCGUUACCAUGGCAGCACUGCUUGUUAAUGGCAAGAGACCAAUUGGUGCUAAGUCCAGAAGAAUUAAAGAACCAAAGUUGGUGCUUGUUCUCCACGGGUCGACGGAGGCAAAGGAGGUUGUGUGUACGGAGUUAUCUGACCUGAGUGACUAUUACCAGCCCCACAGCCCCGGGGCACUUCUCAAGGCUGCAUUCGUGUGUGCAGAGUUGGUCGAUCUUACCUCAGAUAAGUCCCUAACUGACCAGCUCACAGCUCGAUAUGGUGGUGGGUUUGAGCUCCACAGCUGGACCAAUUUACCACAGGGCUCUGGUCUUGGAACCAGCAGUAUCCUGGCGGGAGCAGUGAUGGCAUCUCUGCUGAAAACAGCCGGCAAGUCAUGUGACCUGCAUAGCCUCGUGCACAUGGUGUUGUACCUUGAGCAGCUGUUAACAACUGGCGGUGGCUGGCAGGACCAGGUCGGUGGGCUCAUGGGUGGGGUCAGGCUGGGCGUGUCAGAAGCGGGGCUCCCUCUCAAGGUUGAUGCCCAUGACCUUGACCUGGGGCCAGAAGUUGUACAGGCCUUUAAUGACAGACUGGUGCUUAUCUACACAGGGAAAACGAGGCUGGCCAGGAACCUGUUACAGGAUGUGGUGAGGAAUUGGUAUGCUCGCAACCCUCAGAUCGUUGAAACAGAGGACAGACUGGUCAGUCAAGCCCAUGACUGUGCAAAGUUUUUUCAACAAGGUGACUUAGAGAAGGUAGGACAGUGUAUGGACCAGUAUUGGACCCUCAAGAAGCGCAUGGCUCCAGGAUGUGAGCCUGAGUUUGUCAGCCGCCUCAUGUCAGCUGUGCGCUCAAACGCCCUUGGAAUGAGCAUGGCGGGGGCCGGUGGCGGAGGAUUUAUGUAUGUGCUGGCACGAGAUCAAGAAGCUAGGACUAACAUAAAAAACAUCAUUGAUUCCAUGGAGUCUAUGGAUGGGGUUUGCGUUUACGAAGCUUGCCUGGAUACAGAAGGUAUGGUUGUCACAGUGAUUGAGGAAGACGGCCCCUCGGAGCCCAUCUCAGAAGGAGAUGAGGACAUGAGCACAUACUACAACCAGCCUGAAACCCUUCUGGAUGAUGACCACGCCCCGUCCCUCCCUGGGGACGUCGAUAUGGUCAGCCUGGUGGCCAACCUUAGUGCCGGGCUGGCACAGGGGAUGGGGACAGAGGAGGGUGGAACUCAGAAGUCAGGAACAGAUGGGGAGGAAUUGAAGGGGGAGGGGUCAAAGGAUGCAGAAAUUAAGGGAGAGGGGGUAGAAAAAAAGGGAGAGGAUGUGGGGACUGAAGAUGUGGUAGGGGGUCCAUCCACUGCAGGGUGUGGGGAUAUGGGAAGUGUUAAUAUUUCUAACAAAACAAGCAUUGGAAGUGGGGAUAACAAUGAUGCAUCACAAACAGUGGCUCCGACUGGGAGUGGAGAAAGUGAGAAAGUGCCUACAUGCCAAACAAGCAGUGCUGAAGAAAGUGCGACCUAGCGCUAGUUGGAAUUGCCAAAGGUGUGGAGAGAAGGAUGUCAGAGUGACUUAACAAUUAUUUUUUUAAGUGCCUUAAAAAAUGUCAAGUGAAGACACAAGGCAAAGCAAACCAAUUGGAGUUCUUUAUUAGUCAUUUGAAGGAUUACAUUUCUUGCAUUUAAGUGAGGCCAUGUUAAACGGAAUUUAUGUUCAGCAACAUCUGAUGGGUAGCUUUUGGAUCUUUAAUACCAAGAACAAAUUUUCAAAACUAAAAGUAAAGCAAAGAGAUGCAUUCAUGAAGCUUAUAGAAACCUAGGGUAUAAAAUCAACCAGAUAUGGUCAGGGUUGGUAUAUGUGUUGAAUUUGGAAUAUAGUUCAAAUUACUUGUAAUCAAUCCGAAAAAAUGUACUGGUCCUUUUGAAACAGUAUCAUUUUUUAAAUAUGGACUUGUGUUUUGUUUAAUUCAAUUUUUGGAUUCAGACACAAAGCCAUAUACAGAAUUAUGCUGCCAUUUUUAAUUUAAUUUCAGUAAAUUAUAAUUUAUUGUGUGUUCAGGUUGUUGUAUUAUUUAUAUUUGUCAACCAUGUAUAUUUGUGUUACAUUAUUUGUUUUCUCCUAGUUUCUGGGGCAAUGAUUAGGUAUGAAAAGUCUCGAGUCCCAAGUCCAAGCAUAGACUCGGACCCAGAGAAGAAAUCUUGUUAAAUAAAUAACGAAGGAUCGUCUUUAUUCCAUUUGUUUUACAAAAAUAAAUGUGAAGGUUUCUACAAUUUCAAAUAAUAAUAAAAUUCAACAACUUCAUGAUCAGAACUCAACUGGAAAGAAAUAAACAUUAAAGAGGUUACGUUAUACUAAAUGUACAUUUACAUGUGGGCUAUGUUGUUUACUAUAUCAUCCAAGUAUCUGUACAAUGUUUAACAUGACAUGUUGAGAUUAACUUAUAUAUUUUACAACGAUUGUGUAUCAAGUUAUUACAACAUUACUAUAUUGGCAUGAUUUUAUGCACGAGUGUGGUUUUUUGAUGUGGGGAAAACCGGAGUACCCAAAGGAAACUCACUUGUCCGGCUAGGUGACCACAAACCAAACUCACAUGCACCUAGGCUGUGAAUCCAACCCAGGUUGCCUAGGUGAGAAGCCAGUGCACUAUCCACUUCGCUUACCAGACAACCGGAACAUGACAUGUACUUAGGCAAUAGGAAAAUGAUUUAUGAGAUAAUCAGUUAGCCUACUUCAUUAGUACAAGUUUGAAUAGAAAUUUUGACAUUCAGUUUCAACUGCAACUUGUACACACACUUGUAGCCAUACAUACACUUACACAUGUACAUCAUGUUUCCAAACCAGUCUUUAAAUAAAAGUGUACAUGGGUAUGAUGGAAAUAUUUGAUGAUUUAAACAAAAACUGUUUGGCAUCAUUUUGCUUGAGGGGGAAUUUAGUUUCCUCUGCAAACAUAUUGAGACAGUAGUUAACAAUUCAAGUUUUAACAUUAUUUAAGUCUUAUUUGUGUUUAUUGUUUAUUACUUAUUAUCAGUACUUAUUAUAUAUUUAACGUGCUGAGAAAGGGAGAGCAGUAGGAAAGGAAGGAGGGGGGGGGGGGGGGAGUGGUGCGGUUGGAGUCCAUUGUAUUAUUUUAUUAUAGUAUUAUAUUGUACAUCUUCCGUGAGUGCUUCAUGUAUUUUUUAAGUGUUCUCCCACUUAUUAUGAUUGUAUCUGUGCAAGUUUUUUAUGCAAUGCUUUAUGACAAUUUAACAUGACUUUGUAUGCUGUAUUAUUACAUUAUUAUAACUAUUAUAAGUUAAUCUCUUAUGUCUAAUGUGAUAAUUUUUAAUACACGCUCACAUGCAGUUUAAAAAUAGAUUCCUUGCUUUUCCCAGUGCAUAGUUCAAUUGACACUUAUAAAAUAUAGUUGAAAAUCCAUGUUAGUAGAUGCUAAGUGUUUCGAAGAUGUUACCAGUGUAAACAAUUGGCUUUAUUCUUUAUGUUUCACAAAACAAUUGCAUGGAAUAAUGAAUUAAAUAUCAGAUCCCAUUGGGGGUGAUUAGCAUAUAACAGCAUCCCAUGAAAGGUCAACCUCAGCUAGCCCUUCUGUUGACAUUAACUUUCUUAGGUUAUAAAAAGGGAGGUUGCGAAACAACAUGUUCUUGCUCAUGUUAAAUCUGCGGUUGUAUUUAAAAGUUGUUUGUUAAAACGCGGUGUUUCAUCGAACGUGUACUUUUAGCCUUAACGAUACUUGUACAACUUAAUUCUGUUGUCAUGUUGUACAUGUUGUUUUAAACAUGUACGUUGUUCACAUAAAUGAAUGACAUACGGGUAGGGCUCCUGAAGUAGUGCACACCUACCCCGCAGCCACUCUAUUAAUGUUGUUCAUACUACUGAACUUAAUUGCUAAAAAAUAAAGUUGAUGAUUAAUUGACAAUGUUUAAAACAGAAACAGAAGGUAUUAAUUAUGUAUGAGAUAUAGAUAGUUUACUAGUCAUAACUAACCUUAAUGGCUUAGCAAUUCUUGUUUUGAAGCAUGGUGCUUUUCUUCCUUUGUUUUUUUUCCAGCAAUGUAUAUAAAUACAGAUUAUAUACUUAUAUAAUUUAUAUGCCGCUCUUCAGCCCUUUCAGCAUUCAGGGUUGAGGAAUCACUUGACUUCAAAGGGGUUCUCACAGAAAAGAUAUGAAAAUAUUUCUUAAUCUAUAAAAGACUAUGGUAUUUUCUACUAAUACAUGCGGUAAAUAUUUUAUAUUUGCUUGUUUCUUAAUGAUACAAUCCUUGGCCAAUAUUUCAGCAUUGCUCCUUUCUACAAAAUUCUGUCAAUUAAUGUGAUUCCUCAUACUGGUAGAGCUCUAACUCAUAUGUUUUUGAAGUUUUGUCUAAUAAAUAAGAUAUCAUGCUUAUGAGAAAUUUAUAUUUAUAAUUAUCUCAGGCCCCAUUUUCUCAAAACUUCUUAAGCUUAACAGGCUUAAGUAGCUAAUUUCAAUAAGCCGAAAUACAUUCUUAAAUAUGAUUUUCAUCAAUACAAAAUGGUUUAUUGUAAUUAUCUCAAGGAUAAUUCAUAUUUAAAGUCCAAAAUCUCCCAGCGAAGUAUAUAUAUUACGAAUAAUAGACAAUCGAAAAUAGUGAGCAUAGCUUGAUCCUGUUAAAAAGUUUCAAGAAAUUGGGGCCUGGUUUGAUUCUAUAUCUUCACCUCUGUGCAGAGCAAGACAAUUAUUGUUUUUUCAUGCAAUAGAUUUAUCCGUGUUUAAAUAUAUUUUCAAGGGGUUGUUGAUUAAUAAAAAUAAAUGGGUAAAAUUAA